CGGCCCAGAAACGCCAAGCCUUCUGACAGCAACCUUAGUCCUUCUUUUCGCCGUUCCGCAGUCCUCCAAACUGUCCAUCACAACCGCAAACAUGGGUCAAACGGGGUCGAAAGAGUCUCCUGCAGCGAAUCAGCAUGUCUUCAAAGCUGAAGGACCGGUGAGCUUCAGUAACGAGCUUAUGCAGUCGUUGCAAAGCAGCUCCCAAUCCGACACGACCCGCGCGAAACAGAUCGAACUCCACAUCCAGAACCGCGUAGCCGCCGAACUAGAAAAGCUCCAAUCGCAAGCAUCGUCCGCCCUCAAGUCUGCACAAGAAUCCAUCUCGAAAGAAGAGCCCUCGGCCGACUCGUCCUCAUCCCUCACCGAGAAGUUGUCCGAUGCCGUGACGAGCAAAUCCACACUCGACGAGAAGGAGCGCCAAAAGAACAUGAGCAGCAACACAGUCUCGAAGGAGAUCGACCAGUUACGGAAAACGCUUGAUGCCCGAAAGAAGCUGGAGAAGCCCGAUGAAGCAGUGGAGAAGACAAAGGAGUCUUUGGUGCAUUGCUUAAGGGUCAACGACCGGAGGCCACUGGACUGCUGGCAGGAGGUCGAGGCCUUCAAGAAAGAGGUGGGAAGACUGGAACGGGAUUUUGUCGAGAGGACAGUUCGGUAGGCACUCGAAGCGUGAUUUUUGCUUCCA